GAUCCUCGCCCAAAUUUUCCGUUCUCUCACGCACGAGCAGAGCAGAUCACUAAUCAACCAUGGCAUUGUCCCGCGCCGUCCUGCUCGUCGUCGUCGUCGUCGCGGCGGCCAUUGUGGUGGCCUUGUUGACCUCCGCCUCCGCCGCCGAGGAGUCCGGCGGCGACAAGCCGAGCGUCGUGACGCCCGUCGCGCACACCCCGGUCGGCUCUUUCGAGGGCGCCGACGGCCCCGUCGCCGACGACGCCACGGAGGACGAGCGCGCCGCGCCCGUGGGUUCCCCCAUCGGCACCACCAUGACGGAGCCCACGCCGGAGCUCGCGCCCCCCGGGGCUCCCACCAGCGGCGCCACUGCGGCUCCGGUGCUCGGCGGCGGCCGCGCAGCUGCAGUUGCUGCCACUGUGGCGGCCGCCGGCAUCUUUGCGUUCUGA